CACUCUGUGUCAGCACAUAAUAUUAUUUUGUUGCCGAGUUUCCAUCAUUUGGUUGCGUGACGUACAGAGUCAUAGUUUGUACACUCUCCUUUUGUGAGGUUGGUGUUAAUUUCUCAUAUACGUUUUCUUAAAUUUUAUCCAGAAGCAUCCGAUUAAUUAUCGAUAAUGUCUCAUCGUAAAUUCAGUGCUCCUCGUCAUGGUUCUAUGGGAUUCUACCCGAAAAAACGUGCACGUCGUCAUCGUGGAAGAGUAAAGUCAUUCCCCAAGGAUGAUCCGAGCAAACCUAUCCAUUUAACUGCUUUUAUUGCAUAUAAAGCUGGUAUGACACAUGUUGUACGGGAAGCAGAUCGACCUGGAUCAAAACUUAAUAAAAAGGAAAUUGUUGAGCCUGUAACUAUCUUAGAAACUCCACCAAUGAUUAUUGUUGGUGUUGUUGGUUAUGUUGAAACUCCCUAUGGCUUAAAACCCUUAAAAACAGUGUUUGCUGAACAUUUAUCUGAAGAUUGCCGUCGUCGUUUCUAUAAGAAUUGGUACAAAUCUAAGAAGAAAGCUUUUGUCAAAUAUUCUAAGAAAUGGCAAGAUGAAAAUGGUAAAAAACAAAUCAACAAAGAUUUAGCUAAGAUAGCUAAAUACUCAAAAGUUGUUCGUGUCAUUGCUCAUACUCAGAUGAAAUUAUUAAAAAAACGUCAAAAGAAAGCUCAUAUUAUGGAAAUUCAAGUUAAUGGAGGAACCAUUGCUGAAAAAGUUCAAUGGGCUAAAGAACAUUUCGAAAAGCCUGUGCCAGUUUCUCAUGUUUUUGCCCCAGAUGAAAUGAUAGAUUGUAUUGGUGUAACUAAAGGUCGUGGAUAUAAGGGUGUCACAUCUCGUUGGCAUACUAAGAAAUUACCACGUAAAACACACAAAGGUUUACGUAAAGUAGCCUGUAUUGGUGCAUGGCAUCCUAGUCGUGUUCAAUUCACUGUUGCACGUGCUGGACAAAAAGGAUACCAUCAUCGAACUGAAAUUAAUAAGAAGAUUUAUAGAAUUGGUCUUGGAAUUCAUACUAAAGAUGGAAAGGUCAUCAAAAAUAAUGCUUCAACAGAGUAUGAUUUAACUGAAAAAACUAUCACUCCAAUGGGUGGUUUCCCUCAUUAUGGUGAAGUAAAUAAUGACUUCAUUAUGAUCAAAGGUUGUUGUGUUGGACCUAAGAAAAGAAUUAUUACUCUGCGUAAAUCUUUGUUAGUUCACACAAAACGUGCGGCUUUGGAAAGUAUCAACCUGAAAUUCAUUGAUACAUCUUCUAAAUUUGGUCAUGGACGAUUCCAAACCAUUGCUGACAAAGCAGCAUUUAUGGGUCCACUGAAAAAGGAUAGAAUCAGAGAAGAAGAAAAAGCAACUGCUGCUGUAAAAUAAUUGUGCAAACUUGUUAUAAAUUGACAAUUUAUAUAAUAAAUAAACAAUAUAAUGAUUUUACAA